AUGCGCGGGUUCCACGACUGCUCUGUUGACCUCUGCUGUAUCAACCGAGCUCAUAUUGUGCUUCUUCCGAAGGGCGAGGGGGUGCUUGCGCCUGGCGGGUUCCGUCCCAUCUCUCUCCAAAACGGUGAUGUCAAGAUCCAGUGCAAGGUCCUCACCACCCGGCUACAACAACAAAUCGCGGACGGGGUUGAUAUUGACCAGUCUGGGCUCAUCCGUGGGCAGAGUAUCUCCGAGAACUUUGUGUUCGCUACGGAGAUUAUGCAGUGUUGCCAAGCUCGCCGGGCUCCUGCCCUCGUUCUGAAGCUGGAUUUCGCCAAGGCCUUCGACUCCAUCAACUGGCGAAGCCUCCGCCGGAUUAUGGAGACCGACGGCGGGAUGCAUCAUCCUCUGGUUGACGAUGCGUCGCCUCUCGUCCUUCAGUACGCUGAUGACACGAUUAUUAUCAUGCGGGCUGAGCUAGGGGCGGUGCAAUGUCUAAAAGGCGUCCUCGAUGACUUUGCGGCCGCUACGGAACUGGUCAUCAACUUCUCCAAGAGCACCGUCGUGCCCGUCCACGUCCCCGACGGCGAGCUUCUGGAGCUCGUACAGGUCAUGGGGUGUGCUGUGGGGUCCUUCCCACAGAGAGCUCACCAUGGACGACUUCCUCCCGCUCAUCGCCAAGGCUGA